GGAGGGAAAAUAGGGUGGUAGUCUCAGGAACAAACUGCUCUCUAUCUCUCACAUUUCCACUAGCUCAGCUCCCAAAGCUCUCCAGGCCUCAGGGGGGCUGCUCUACACUCCCAGCUCCCUCUCCCUUUUGGGACUCACCACCCUGCCUGAGACCGGGAGACAUCCAGGGGACACUCACUCAGCUUCACCCAGGACCUAGGACUUCAGCUCACUGCAACUGUAUCCUCCUCAGAGGACUCCUGAGCCUGCAGCGUGACCCACCCUCCCUACUUCUGUCUAACGAAGAGAGAGGUAGUUCUCCAUCUUUCUGUACUUCUAUCUCAGGAACACCGGAGCUCCCACCCUUAGGCCUUAUCUCCCAUAGACUGUAUCUGCAGAGAGACAGGAGAACACCCCAAAGACAGAGACCGGAGGAUUUAGAGGAGGGCUAUUUAAUUGACACACAGUUGUGAGACAGCGUGUCUGUGUGUAUUUCUGAUAACGAGUGUGGCAGUGAAUGGACACAGACCACUCGUGUCAGCAGUGUGUUAGAGAAAUUACACACUCUGGGGAAGUCUGUUCUAGUUGGGUGUGCAGGUGUCCGUGAUAUGCCAGGUGUUAGUGAGUGAGGCAUUGUAAUUGUAAGGCAUUGAAUGUGCAUGUGAGACUUGAUAGAGGCCUCAAGUGUGUCAGAGGCAUCGGUUGUGUGUGUGUGAGAGAGGUCCGUCAGGUCUGUAUGCGUGUUUGUGAAAGGGGUCAGUCAGGUCUGUGUGUGUGUGUGUGAAAGGGGUCAGUCAGGUCUGUGUGUGUGUGUGUGAAAGGGGUCAGUCAGGUCUGUGUGUGAGACGACGGCCGUGGAGGCCUUAGCCCUGGAUUUCUCAGAGAUGGAGGGUCAAGGCUACGACCGGUUUGGUGAAGGUGAACUUGAGCGAGACACCUACCAGAUCGACUACCGCCGUAUAGUUGGUGACACUGAGCCCGCCAGGCCGCACCUCUCGCCCCGCGAAGGGGAACACACACACCCCAACUCCAACCCCCGUGGAGCCUACACACACACCAACCCUCACGGCCAUGGGCACGAGACGGCUGCGCAGAGAUACAGUGCCACACGCAUCCAAGCUGGAUACGAACCUGAGAGCAUGGCUGACUACCUGAUCAGUGGAGGGACGGGGUACGUGCCUGAAGAUGGACUGACGGCUCAGCAGCUCUUCUCUAUCGGGGAUGGACUCACAUACAAUGAUUUCCUGAUUCUGCCUGGUUUCAUAGACUUUAUUUCAGAUGAAGUGGACCUGACCUCAGCUCUGACCAGGAAGAUCACCCUGAAGACUCCUAUCAUCUCAUCUCCCAUGGAUACAGUCACUGAGUCCUCCAUGGCCAUUGCUAUGGCUCUCAUGGGCGGGAUCGGGAUCAUGCACCAUAACUGUACUCCAGAGUUCCAGGCCAACGAGGUCCGCUUGGUUAAGAAAUUUGAGCAGGGUUUCAUCACAGACCCAGUGGUGAUGAGUCCUCACCACACGGUGGGAGACGUGUUCGAAGCCAAGGUCCGCCACGGCUUCUCUGGCAUCCCCGUCACCGAGACAGGCAAGAUGGGCAGCAAGCUGGUGGGCAUCGUCACCUCCCGAGACAUCGACUUCCUUUCAGAGAAAGACCAUGACAGACCCCUGGAAGAGGCUAUGACAAAGAGGGACGAUUUAGUGGUAGCACCAGCUGGCGUCACACUGAAAGAGGCCAACGACAUCCUGCAGCGCAGCAAGAAAGGUAAACUGCCCAUAGUGAAUGACAGUGAUGAGCUAGUGGCCAUCAUCGCCAGGACAGACCUGAAGAAGAACCGAGACUACCCACUGGCCUCUAAAGACUCCAGGAAACAGCUGCUGUGUGGAGCGGCCAUCGGAACCAGAGAGGAGGACAAAUACAGACUGGACCUGCUGAUGCAGGCUGGGGUUGACGUGGUGGUGCUGGACUCGUCCCAAGGGAACUCUGUCUAUCAGAUCAAUAUGAUCAACUACAUCAAACAGAAAUAUCCUGAACUACAGGUGGUGGGAGGAAACGUGGUGACUGCAGCCCAGGCUAAGAAUCUGAUCGAUGCGGGUGUGGACGCUCUGAGGGUGGGGAUGGGCUGCGGCUCCAUCUGCAUCACCCAGGAAGUGAUGGCGUGUGGGCGUCCCCAGGGCACAUCAGUGUACAAGGUGGCAGAGUACGCCAGGCGCUUCGGUGUGCCCGUCAUCGCAGACGGAGGCAUCCAGACCGUUGGACACGUGGUAAAAGCUCUCGCUCUUGGGGCAUCCACAGUGAUGAUGGGGUCAUUGCUCGCGGCAACCACGGAGGCCCCGGGGGAGUAUUUCUUCUCAGACGGCGUGCGGCUGAAGAAGUACCGGGGGAUGGGCUCCCUGGACGCCAUGGAGAAGAACAGCAGCAGCCAGAAACGCUACUUCAGUGAGGGGGACAAGGUGAAGGUGGCUCAGGGUGUGUCAGGGUCGGUUCAGGAUAAAGGCUCCAUCCAUAAAUUUGCCCCCUACCUCAUCGCUGGCAUACAACAUGGCUGCCAAGACAUCGGAGCCAAGAGCCUCUGCAUACUGCGGUCCAUGAUGUACUCCGGGGAGCUAAAGUUUGAGAAGAGGACCAUGUCAGCUCAGGUUGAGGGGGGAGUACACGGGCUCCAUUCAUAUUCUUUUGUGCCAUUUAUGAGAAGCGGCUAUACUGAGGGAGGAGGGAGAGUGAGCUCACGAGCAGCACCCAGUGUACCCACACCAGCAGCCACCAGGCACAACGGAUACAUGUGACCUACCUACAACCACUACUCAACCUCCACCCAAGUUAUCACAUCUGUCCUAACUACAACUACUACUCAAUUCAACCAUUACAUAACCUUUUGGCUAUACAAGGGAAGACCGCUGAGUCCUCUCCACUCGUCUCCCCCACCUACUCUUUCUCUGUGUUGUGUAAGAUGCUUUUGAGAGACCUAAGAGUCACCUCUGACCUAUGACUUGAUUGAUGUUAUGACAUAAACCACAGGGACUAGGGACUAAGAUUCAAUGGUCAGAUGUACUGGGUCACGGCACAGAGCCAUCGGGCUGUAUAAGGUACGUAGCUCAUGUAGAACUGUGACUACUGUGUACUGGGAGAGACUGUUUGAACAUAAUAAUCAUUUUGUUUUUUUAUGUACCCUGGAACUCUUUAUACCAGUUCUGGUUGAUCAUGGUCCUAGGUCUCAGAUGUGUUUGGAGCACAGGAGGUUGCUGGCACCUUAAUUGGGGAGGACGGGCUGGUGGUAAUGGCUGGAGCUGAAUGAGUGGA